GAAACGUUUAAACACGCAAAAAGAAGACACGUGUCUGAGGUAACGUGGGAACGGAUCCCUCAAAAACAAGGCCCCGCAAAGGAGGCCUAGAAGAAGCCUCGAGGUUUCCUGUCCCCUCCCUGCCGGGCUAGGAGCCCAAAAGGGAAGCCCAGAGUCCCGCCCCCUCGCGAGGCGACCAAGGCCAGGCCGACGAUCGCCAAUCAUGGCCGACGCUGGCGCCGCUGGAAAAGCCGUCCCUGAGGCGCCGGUGAGGUUUGAGGAUGUGGUCGUUUAUUUCCUCAGAGACGAAUGGAAGACACUGGAAAAGUGGCAGAAGGAUCUGUACUGGAAGGUGCUGAAGGAUAACUAUGAAGCCUUGGUCCUUGUGGGACAUCCAGUCACCAAAGCAGAUGUCCUUGCAUGGAUUGAACGGCAUGAACGUCAAAAUGGCAACAAAGCUCAGCCUUCCAAAGCUAGUACGGGUUCUGGAUUUCUUUGUCCAUCAAACCAGAGACAUGGACAGAUGUGCCACAAAGAAAGUAUCAAACAGGCAGGAUCUCCUCAGGUGAUUUGUGAUCGAUCCAAGGCAGACCCAGCCCCACAUAAUGGAAUUCGGAGAAGCCAUCGCCAAAGAUUAUCCAUACCAUCCAAACAGCAUGAAUGUGAAGAAUGUGGCAAGACGUUCCGGUUGAAAAUCCUGCUUCAAAUACACCAGGAGACCAAAGCAAGGAAAGAGUCUUUUCCUUGCCCCGAGUGCAAGACCUGCUUUUUUACCUCCUCACGUUUGAAGGUGCAUCGGAGGACCCACUUUCAGGGUUUUAGAAGGAAAGAGAAACGCCGUCUUCAGGAGAAUCAGCUGAAUGCGCAUUGUGAAAACUACCAAGCCCUGGUGCACUGGUGCAGGGACUGCAGACAAGGCUUCCGUAGAUACUUCGACCUCCUCCAGCACAAAAAAAGCCAUGAGGUGGCAGAGCCCUGGCUGUGUGCUGAAUGUGGGGUUGUUUUCACGUCCCAGGGCGAUGUCGCGAUGCAUGAGGAGCGCCAUUUAGAAGAAGUGAUGCAUGAGCAUGUUGCAUGUGGCCAGAACUGUAUCUGUGAGCCUUCCCUUCAGCUGCAUUUCGCAUCCCAGACUGAUGGGAACAAGGUUGGCUCGGAAGAUCACAAGCAGCUGCCCCGGAAAUUUUAUGGCAAAGAGGGGAAACCCUUUUCAUGUGUUCACUGUGGGUCACAGUUCCAAUUAGAAGUGAAUUUGGGAAUGCAUUACAGAUACUGCCUUAUGGGGAAACAGCUGAAGUGGGGAGCAAAUGACGCCCCUCAGAACCUGAAGGUUCAAACUGGACAAGGAAACAGUGACCUCUUGCAUUCUCAGCAUCCCUCACAAACAUCUGCUCAGCGCUCUUGCCCAGAUCCUGGCAAGUCCAUGUCCCACAGGCGUCAUCAGAAAGGAGGCAAGCAGCAAGACAGUGCCAAGCCCAACCCAAGUGUUCCCUCAGCAGGCAAUUAUGAUGAUCCUCCGAAAACUUGUGCAACAAAGAAGCUUCACAAGUGCCACAACUGUGAGAAGGCAUUUGUUUAUAAGUGGCAGCUGGCUAUUCACCUGAAAAGCCACGGCACGGGGAAAGGCGUUGUGUGUAAAAGUAGUCUUUGGAGCCACCGCCGGACCCACCAGGGGGAAGCAUCAUAUAAAGAGGAAGAUUAUCAGAAGAACCUUGUCCCAGCUGCCAAUCGCAGCAUGGACAAAGAGAAGACUCUUCAUCCAUGUGACAAGUGUGGCAGAAGCCUUACCCUGUCAUAUAUGCCUGACCAUCAGGCCUUUCAUGCGGGAGUGAGAUACAAGUGCCUUUUUUGUGGGAAGAUCUUCAACUUCAAGAGCGGAGCGCUUUCACACCUCAAGCACCACAAAGUGGAGGGCGGGGUUUGCUCCUGCCCCAAAUGUAAGGGGAGUGGUGGGCUUCCAUCUGAGGACUGUCUCUGCAGGAUACAAAAGAUCCGCAUCGCCCCUGGGCUUCAGGCGCAAGAUGACUAAGGAAAUAGUCUACAUACAAAGUGUGGCAAGAGAACAUCUUCCACAAAUUGCCUUAAUGUUUGGUGGCCUGUCCACUUGGGAGAGAAGCAGCCCUCUAGGUCAGAGAAUAAGAAGAACCCCCAUUUGAAACUAGAAGGCAAACCAUUUCAGAAUACCCUCCCAUAGCCCUUCAUAUGCAGAAAGGAUGCAUGGGUGGACUUCUUUUCCAAUGUGCUGAAUGUGGCAGGGACUUCAUUCACAGGUUUUCUCAAAGCAUUCCAAAAAGCAUGAGUGACUCUCCUCAGACUUGCUGUAUAAACUCAUAAUCAGGGAUAGCCGUGUUGGCCAUAUAACAAAGUAUGGUAUCAUCCAAAAUCCACAAGACCGUGAUACCAUUGUUGGGCCAACCAAAAUGCACAUUAUGCACGUUGUAAGCUUAGGAUCUCAGGCAGUAGCUUUUUGUCUUGCAAAUGGAGGUUAAAGUUGGUUUGCUGGACUGAAUCUCCCAGCACCCACAUGACCAGAAGGAUGAGGGUCCCGCCUGCAUGAAUACCCCGCCAUGCCAUCUGAACUAAGGACUACAACUACAACGUCUUGCCUCAUUUUGAACACUUUUGUCAGGUGAAGAAACCAGGGGAGCUUAGAAAGCUUGCAAUGUGUAGAAUGUGCAAUUUGGUUGCCCAAUAAAGGUGUCACUCUCUUGUGGAUUUUGGAUGAUACUGUGUAUACUCAGGUGUAAGUAUAGAAAUUUUACCCCAAAAAAUUAACCCCCCCAAAACUGGGUCACAUUUUGUUUGGCCCAAUAAAGGUACACUUACAUCUCUGUAUCCACAGAUUUUUUUUAUCCACAGAUUCUAUGAUUCUAAGCACCCAGAGCAUGAAAAAAUUAUAUACUGUGUGUGUGUGUUUCCAAAAAGCAACGUUGAUUUUGCCUUAUACUCAUGUAUAUGUCUAGAAAGUUUACACAAAAAAUUGAUGCAAACUAUCUAGGUCGCAUUAUCCAGGUGUCAAUGUAAAUACUGCACCUUAACUCUUAUCAUAAAAAGGAACCGUCCCCUUUUCUGGGUGUAGUACUGUAGUGAAAGAAUCAUAGAAUUGUAGAAUUGGAAGAGACCACAAGGGCCAUCCAGUCCACCCCCAUUCUGCCAUGCAGGAACUCUCAAUCAAAGCAUCCCCAUGAACAGAUGGCCAUC